AAGCGGGAAAAAUCUUCGAAGCUGAUGGACAUGGAAGCUCAUGAUUUAGCAGAGGAGAGAUUAGAAACUCAACAAAAACAAGCUGUUGUCAACAGUGAAAUUGCCCAAGAUCAAACAAGAACUAGUAAAAAUUGCGAAACACACGAUAAUCCCCCUAUAGUCAAAAUAGAGAUAAAAACCGAGCCAGAAGAUCAACUUUUAGGGUAUGAAUCAAAUUCAAUUGUUAAGGAAGAGGAGGAAGAGGAUAGACACUUUGAUUUUGUAGACAUCAAUGUUAAAGUAGAACCUGAUCCGCUUUAUAUUGAUGAGAAAGAAACCAAUUUCAUAGACCCAGUGAAUCCAGAGAAACCUUUUCGAACUGGCAGUCUUUUGUUGCGAGAAAACAGCUCAAAAAAAUUAACUCCAAAAAAUGGAAAGAUCCCCGAAAAAACGAAAGCUUCAAGGAGUGAUAAAGGGAAAACGAGAAUUACUUCUUACAUGCUUUGGGCGAGAGAUGUCCGACAAGAUUUACUGAAAAAAAAUCCCGAUAUGGAUUUCACAACUAUUUCUAAAAAGCUUGCUGAACUCUGGGGAACGGUCUCACAAAUGCAAAAAUAUAACUUGAAAAGACGAGCCAAACGCUUGGCUGCUAAAUCUAAAUGA